ACACUUAUUAGACUCGUGGAUGUUGACUUGGCAUUUGCACAAUGCAGUUACUAAACUGUAAUAGCUAAACUGUGAAUAGCAGGAGCUGGUUUGUGACUACAGAGACAGAAGUCAGCUGAUGUUUUAUGAGGAUGCUUUGAUUUGAUUUCAUCAGAUGUGCAUGUGACAAAGUGGAUUCUAGUCUGAUCAUGUUUUUUUAUUUAUUGUUAUUAAUGAUUGGCUGAUAUUAUUUAUUUGUUUUAUGCUUAUUUAUUUUUUUAGGAAUGGUGGCAAUUUUUGAUAGCCAAUGUCAUCGAGAUAUUUCAUGAAUAAUUCCAUUUAAAUGAGAAUUGUUGGAGUAGAAAGUGGUGAAGUGAUGUAAUACUCUAUAAUCUCAAUAUGGCAUAGUUAUAAACUGGAUGAUUUAAUAAUAAUAAUAAUUAUACAAAAAUAAAUAAAUAAAACAUGAAAAGAAAAAGCAACAAAAAUGAAAGCAAUCAUUUUGAAUUUUAUUAUUAUUGUUAUUAUUAUUAUUAUUAUCAGCUUGCAAAUAUAUUUUUCAAUGUAUCUUAUAAAUUUUCAUGAUUGUAUGAAUUCAGUUUGUCACUUUGAUAUGUGCUCACAUGUUUAUGUUGUGUAUCAUUUUGAUAUUCAUGCACCUGUGCUGGACUUUCAGAGUCUGAACGACCAGCCCUGACCUGUUUGGUGCACAAACACACACACACACACACACACACACACACACACAAAGGGCUCUGCUGUGCUGAUUCACACAACAGCUCCAUUGACACACACUCAGCUGCUGCUGUCACACACACGCACACCUACAGCUCUCUGCAAACACAUGAACACACAGUCCGUCAGCAGCAGAGCUUACGUGAAGCACACGACAAACCCAGCAGGUAGAGGCUCAUCGGAGGGUCUUCAGCGAGGCUGAUGUUUUCUGAGGCCUGCCAUCGUUCAACAGGUGCUGAAUGAUAGUUCAGGUGGAUCUCACGCUAUUGGUUGAGCCAUCAGUUGACUUUUAGCAAACACUCUUUAGGACGUCAGCUACAUACAACUAUAAGAUAGUGUUUUAUCUUUCAAACAGCGGCAUGAGCAAACACUAAAAGAGAGAUGAGAACAAGGCAGUGCAGAGCGCUGUGACGGACGGACGGCGGUGUGGACGUGUCAUUGUUACAGAUCAGUGACAACAAUUACAUCAAACUGUGUGAUGGGAUUGUAUAGUGCUCACUCUUUUAUUUAUUAAACAUGAUUUAACUAGCAUUAAGUAUUUUACUGAGACUGCUUAAUAUAUAUGUGAUUCUAUUCAUCAAAUGAAAAAUCACAAUUAACCCAGUAAACAGUUCCAGACUUUAGCCUCUGCUUCUGUGGUUUGCCUUUGGGUUGGUCGAAUGGUAUUUCUGUGGUUUUUGUGUGAUCUCUGGCUCAGUGCGGUCCUUUCAGCUGCGUUCACACACGCUGUUCUGAGAUCAGCUCGCUUCACUCACAGCACUGAAAUGUUCAUGCGUGGCUGAGCAGGUCUGAGCGCAGUAACCUGACAGACAAACGCUCUGUUGACCUGCUUUCUUUUCACGGACUGAAAGGUGGCUGUUUUCUACGGCUCUAAUAUCAAAGCCACAUUUCUGAACAUUUCUAGGUUCGUCUGAACUUGGUGUCAUUGCAAACAACAUUCUGCAGUGUAGCACUAUAGUCUGCAGACACUUCAACUGAUUUGCGUUUGACAUACAUGACAAAAAGGUCUGGAAUCCUCACUUGGCUGUCUGCGAGAUAUUCGAUCUGGGAUCUGAAGGUAUUGUUUUUGGGCCCUCAGUUUCCAAAAGCAUCAUUCAUCUUAAGCUUCCUCAUUUGGUGCACUGUGUUAAACCAAACAUGGGUCAUAUUUGUUUCCUUUUUAAGUUUUACAAACAAAUAUGUGUUGUGUUAAAGAUUAUAAGAGACUCAGUCAUGCAUUUAUUUAUUUAUUUUUCAUCUUAAAUGAACUAGGAAUAAGUCAGUCUCAAAAUGGUCUUGAACAUGUACAGGUUACUCCAACUGGAUUUGUAAAUGUUAAAAUAAACUGUAAAAUAUGACCUUUUGUCUUGAAAUCCUUCAGUGGUUUGGCAUUUCUUAUCUUUCAGUCUUACUAUCUGUGAGUAAACGGUUAGAUGUCUGCUGUCCUCUGUCCCGGUCAAGGUUAAAGCUGUGUUCUUGUGGCUGUGUUUCUGUCUGAUCUGCUGCUCUUCCCCCUUAAAUGUCUGAGCAGUUAAACUGGAUGUAUACUCUUAUUUAUGUAGACAGAUAAAAGAAAAGCUUGCAUCUCCAAACUUUAAUUUCAGUUGAAUCUAGGUUAUGCCUGUCACAUACUCAAAAUAAAUGUGAGUAUGUGAGGUGUUCAUGCCUUUCACUUGUAACACAGUUUUGCCUCCUUAGACUGUGUACAAUGAAAAAAGCUGAAAAAAUAUUAACUGUGUCAAUACUUGGAAACUUACUAAUAAUGUUAAAUUAGACAUGCUUUUAAAUAAAUGUGUUUUCACUGCAUGUAAUAUUAAUUUAAUGUGCUUUUUUUCAGUUUGACAGCAGAAUACAAAGCAAAUUGACUUCCAUAAACCCAGAUCUGUCUUGACUGAAUCUUUUGUUUCUGAGACCCAGAAAUAGAGUUCUUAAGGGGGACGUGAGAUCUGGGACAUGCUCUGAAAUUCCUUAAUCUUUCUCAGCUCCGAUUGAGAUCUUUUAAGACUUUAAUACCGAGUCUAAUCACACACACACUUGACUUUACCUCACGCCAGCUGCUGCCCUCUCGCCCCGCGACCGAGAACAAACGUUGUAGAAGUGAACUCAUUUGCUCAUUCACAUUUUCAGACCUGCUGUGUAAAGUUCAGUGUAAAUGAAACCAAAGGGCGUUGCUUGUCUAAUAACUCUUGUGAAUUGUGAGUACUCUUAUGAAAAAGAAGUUUAUUCAAGUGUGCUAUUAGUGUACUUCUUUUAAACUAAAUAGCAAAGUGUACUUUUAGUCUACUUUUUCAGUACCUUUCAGUCUUUUUUAAGUGUUUUGUUCAAAAUAUUGUUUUUUUAAUUUUAUUUUAUUUUUUAUUUAUGGAACUUACCCCCAUUCAAAUAUUUAUAAAAAAGAAUGCAUAAAGCUAGAAUAAAACGUUUUUGUUUACAAGCAGACGCCCUGAUCUUUCUUUUAAACCUUUGUCUUUUCAGAUAUUCAUAUAAUAUACAUAAUAUACAAAACAUAUACAAAAUUAAUACCCAAACAUAUAUAGGGACAUAGUAGUAUACUUAAAGUAUGAUGUAAAGUUCACUUAAAGAAAACUUACGAGUAUACUUACAGUGUAAAACUAUUAAUCCAGUAGUUUACUGAGACUAUACUUCAAAGUGUACUAAAAAUGCUGCAAGUAUUUAAUUAGUAAUCAGUAUACCUGUAAGUUCACUUUUAGUAUAGCUGCAGUACAAACUAAAAACAGAUAUAAACUGUUCGUGUGCUCAAAGUUUAUUACUGUUAUACUUGAAGUAUACUUAAAGGUAUAAUUUUACAUACUAGAAAGGAGUACUGAAAUAGUACACUUACAAGUAUACUACCAGUAACCUGAUAUUUGUAUACCUACUACAUAAAGUAUACUUAAUAAUAUACUUGAACUUCACUUGAGUAUACUUAGUCAAAUAAACUUGAAGUGUACUUCUUUUUGGUAAGGGUAAGUGAAUAUGUGAAUGACAUUUUAAAACAAAACUGUUUUCGGUGAACCAUUCCUUUAAAAUAAGACACUUGGUGGCAAACCAAUUACAGCAUUUUGAAUGUUUUUUUGUUUUGUUUUGUUUUGUUUUCAUACCCGACUUGAGGAAUUUGAAGCUCGUUACUAAGCUCAUUCUUAGACAUCGCGAGGGGCGCAAACAAAUUAUCAUCAUGCACCGUAAGGCUGAAAGCACUGCACUGAACUGCAGAGGCCUACAAACAUCAGAUCAGUCAUUAAUUCAAGUCAAGUCAAGUCAAGUCGAGCUUUAUUGUCAUUCUGCUACACGUGUGGACAUAUAGUAGAACGAGAUGUCGUGUCUCACAGGACCACGGUGCUACAUACUAGUUAAGCAUAAUAUAAACAUACAACAGUACACAAAUAAGAAAAGCAAUUACAGACUUAUACAACCAUUUGACUAUACAUAUACUAUAAAUGCUAUAACUAUAAUAAAUAGUUGACUACACAUACAAAACAGACAACAAAAACUUUACAUAAGUACUGUACAUGACGUUUUACAAAAGAGACAUUUGUACAUGAAAUUGUGCAAUGGAGAUAUUUAGUGCAUUAAACUGUGCAGAAGAGAGGAGAGAUUUUGAGGGAAAUUCCCCAUAAUGCACCAUAAAAUUCAUGCAGAUGAAGGCAGUGUGCUUUUUGCAGUGGCUCUGUGGCCGUUCUUACUCUAGAUCUGGUGAAGAUGUAAAUGCAGCUGUGUCCGGGGUCCGUUCAGUGCUCGUGCGGUGCGAUGGGCUCCGUGUCGAUCCGCUGCGGUGGAGGCGGCUGCUGAUUGGCGCCCUGGGGCGGCGGGGAAGCUCGAUGCAGUGAAGGGCGCCGCGUCCCUGGGUGUCGUGGUAUAAAUGCCUGAGCUGUUGAGUCGGACGCUGGGUCUGGAGUGGGGAAAGGGAAUGAGGAGCUGGCUUCAACAAGGCAAGAAGUUUAGAUUGUUUCAUCCUCCUAUAGGCGUUUCAGAGUGUACAGUAGCCCCAGUAGCCAUGGAGGACAGUGACCGUGAAGCCGACUCGGCGUCAGAUGAGCAGGACUCUAUGCCGGCGUCACCUGAGCCCAGGCCGUAUGAAGUGCAAAAGCACUUCCCUAAGGAAGACUCGGAGGACUCGGAGCUGGAGCACAUCAUGGGACACCACCCGCCCAGAGAGGGUCACCCGUUUGCCCACCACGGGCACCAUAAGGCCGAUAGUGAGGGCGAGGGUCACAGCAGACCCCAAACCCCGGGAACACCCACCUUCCUGAGGCCCGCGGCGGUGCCCAGGGGCCCCGGAGAGUUAGAGCACGAGUCCAGACACGGGGCUCAGCGGGGCCAUGUGGACUUUAGCCUGCCGUCUCCCAUCAGCCCAUCCAGGCCUAAGAGCCCCUGGGGCCGCUACGACCCCUAUGACUCUACUGAGGACCAGGACAAGGAGUAUGUGGGAUUUGCAACGUUGCCAAAUCAGGUUCACCGCAAAUCUGUGAAGAAGGGCUUUGACUUCACUUUAAUGGUAGCAGGAGAGUCAGGUUUAGGAAAGUCCACCCUGGUCAACAGUCUGUUCCUGACAGAUCUCUACAAAGACAGAAAGCUGCUCAAUGCUGAAGGUGAGGCUCAUCUCCACCUGCUGUCAGCGUUCGCUGCGAUUACUCACACGUGCCUUUACUGUUUGUCCGACGGCUGUGUUGUGUUGGUAGAGAGGAUCACUCAGACGGUGGAGAUCACCAAACACACGGUGGAUAUCGAGGAGAAGGGCGUCAAACUGAAGCUCACUAUCGUGGACACACCAGGAUUCGGGGAUGCUGUCAAUAACACUGAAUGCUGGAAGUCAGUGGCAGACUACAUAGACCAGCAGUUUGAGCAGUAUUUCAGAGACGAGAGCGGACUGAACCGCAAGAACAUUCAGGAUAACCGCGUGCACUGCUGCCUCUACUUCAUUUCACCUUUCGGUCACGGGUUAAGGCCUCUGGAUGUGGAGUUUAUGAAGGCUCUUCACGAGAAGGUCAACAUUGUUCCUGUACUAGCUAAAGCCGACACACUCACUCCAACGGAGGUCAAGAAAAAGAAAAUCAAGAUUCGAGAGGAGAUCGAACAAUACGGAAUAAAGAUCUACCAGUUUCCAGACUGUGACUCAGAUGAGGAUGAGGACUUCAAACAGCAGGAUCAAGAGCUCAAGGACAGCAUUCCCUUCGCUGUGAUCGGCAGUAACACAGUAGUGGAAGCGAAAGGCAAGAGGGUCCGAGGACGUCUGUACCCCUGGGGAAUCGUAGAAGUGGAGAACCCAGCGCACUGUGACUUUGUGAAGCUGAGGAACAUGUUGGUACGAACGCACAUGCAGGAUCUGAAGGACGUGACCCGGGAAACCCACUAUGAGAACUACAGAGCGCAGUGCAUCCAGAGCAUGACCCGCAUGGUGGUGAAGGAACGCAACCGCAACAAACUGACCAGGGAGAGCGGCACCGACUUCCCCAUUCCCAUGGUGCCCGGCGUCACCGACAACGAGACGGAGAAGCUCAUCCGCGAGAAAGACGAGGAGUUGAGGCGGAUGCAGGAAAUGCUGCAGAAGAUCCAGGAGCAGAUGCACACGCAGAAGGAGGCGUAUUAACACACAUUCACUGAUCUGAAGCAGCUUCCCCUCGACCGGCACCUUCACUGUAACAUCUGAGAAAUACCGCGGUAUCACCCGAGCGAGUGUACCGUCAGAACAGAUUCAAGUAGGCUUCACGUCCCACUAAAUCAUGUCUGGGUCACAUUUCACCCCAAAAAAUAAAACUUUUACAUUUUUGUUGUUGUGUAUUUGCAUUACAACAUUAUUUUCGUGAUGAUGAAUCACAUUUAAAGCCCAGACACACGUUACUUUUAAACGAUUAUUAUUUGAAUUGUUAUUAUUGGUAACGGUGAAUUUCUUACUGUAACAUGGGGUUAUGGAGAUAUAAAAUGUUUAUUCUUUUUUAUUUGUUUAACUAUAUAGUAAUGUUUAAAUAAAAAUAGGAUAUAUCAUUUUGGGCGAAAAUAUAUCCCAGACAUGUUACUUUAAAUUAAUGGAAUCACUGCACAAAACAUUCUUUAUAGUGGAAAAAGGUUCUUCAGAUUAUUCAGAUGUUCUUGACAUGUGCAAAACAAUUUUAUGUUUUGAUCACUGGUUCUCUGAGGAACCCAACGUGAUUGUUCAGUGGCAUCAGUGCAAAAACAGCUGAUUUAACAUUUUAACUUGUGACUGCCGGUAUACUUCACGAAAAAAAUAUAUCUGUGUCCUCGUUUAAAUCUUUGUGCGAAGGCGUCUGGUUCAGGGGUCUCUAAUGACAGCAGCCCUUUAACCGCUCUUCUUGUUGUGUUUCUACCCCAGGAUUGUUUUAUAAUUGCUUGAUAUCAUAGGAUGAAUUCAGUGGAAUUAUUUAAGGGUUUUUUUAUUUGUUUUUUUUUUUUUUACAAUGUAACUUUAUUUUGUAUAACGUUCAUUAAUUGCAUUGGUUGUAAUGAAUGUCUUUGGUUUUGUUUGUAUUUCUAUGUAAAACCGCAAAAGCUUCUUUUAGAAAGUUUUUAAAUGAAAAAAAACAAAACUUUUAU